GACAGGAGUAAAAGCCUGAAAAGGACGGUUGUCGUUGUUGACCCUGCCAUUAAUUCAUCAAUAGUAUUUUCAUCUUCACUGCAUCUGUACCAUAUUGCCUGGCAUCGGCUUUGCUGGAAGUGUCAAGACGCUGGCGUACUAGCCUAGAACGAGUGUGUCGAAAAACCCUGCAGAAAAGCUUUGUCGCCUUAUAUCACCGCCUUCGAUAGUGGCUCCUUGCAAAUUCCUCCCCUCGUCAGUCCUCCACCGACUCCAUCGUUUCUACAACUCCCCGUCGUCCUGAUAUCACCCUCCUUCUCUACCUUCCCCCCUUCGUCAUACCAAAAAUUCGCCUACAAUGAGUGUUGUCGGCAUAGAUUUCGGUGCUCAGAGCACCAAAGUUGGUGUGGCCCGAAACAAGGGUAUUGAUAUUAUCACGAAUGAAGUCUCUAAUAGAUCGACUCCUUCUCUUGUCGGAUUCAAUUCUAAAAGCAGAGCUAUCGGAGAAGCAGCAAAGACACAGGAGACUUCGAACCUAAAGAACACCGUGGGCAAUCUCAAGCGCCUCAUCGGCCGCUCCUUCAGCGACCCGGAUAUCCAGGUCGAGCAGCAGUUCACCCCCGUUACUCUCUGUGACGUCAAUGGCCAGGCUGGUGCUGAGGUCAACUAUCUUGGGAAGAAGGAGAAAUUCUCUGCCACCCAGCUUGUUGGCAUGUAUCUCGGCAAGAUCCGUGAUAUCGCCUCUGCCGAGUUGAAGCUCCCCGUCUCGGACGUCGUGAUCAGCGUUCCCGCAUGGUUCACCGAUGUUCAGCGCAGGGCCAUCCUUGACGCCGGUGAUCUUGCGGGUCUCAAGGUGCUCCGAGUCAUGAACGACACUACGGCCACUGCUCUUGGCUAUGGUAUCACCAAGCUCGACCUCCCCGGACCGGAGGAGAAGCCGAGGAGAGUGGCCUUCGUCGACAUUGGUUACGCCGACUACACCUGCACAUUGGUGGAGUUCCGGAAGGGAGAACUCAAUGUCAAGGCUACGGCUUACGACCGCCACUUCGGAGGCCGAGACUUCGACAAGGCUCUUACCGAACACUUUGCUAAUGAGUUCAAGGAGAAGUUUAAGAUCGACAUCCGUACCAAUCCCAAGGCCUGGGCUCGCACAAUCGCCGCUGCUGAGAAGCUCAAGAAGGUUCUGUCCGCUAAUCCGGUGGCUCCGAUGAGCAUCGAGUCGCUCAUGGAAGAUGUUGAUGUUCGUGCCAUUGUCAAGCGUGAGGAGCUGGAGGCGAUGGUCAAGCCCCUUCUUGACCGUAUAACCGUUCCUCUGGAACAGAUGUUGGCCGAGGCCAAACUCAAGCCCGAAGAUAUCGAUAGCAUCGAGCUCGUUGGUGGCAGCACUCGUGUUCCGGCAAUCAAGGAUGCCAUCAGCAAGUUCUUCGGAAAGCCUCUUUCUUUCACCCUUAACCAGGACGAGGCUAUUGCUCGCGGUUGCGCCUUCAGCUGUGCCAUUCUGUCUCCUGCAUUCCGUGUGCGUGACUUCUCCGUGCACGACAUUGUGAACUAUCCUAUCGAGUUCACCUGGGAGCAGUCCACAGACAUUCCCGACGAGGACACGAGCCUGACUGUUUUCAAUAGAGGCAACGUCAUGCCAUCUACUAAGAUCCUCACCUUCUACAGGAAGAAUCCCUUUGAUCUUGAAGCUCGCUAUGCUAACCCCGACGCCCUUCCUGGCAAGAUCAACCCCUGGAUCGGUCGUUUCUCUGUCAAGGGCGUCCAGGCCGACCCCAACAACGACUUCAUGAUCUGCAAGCUCAAGGCACGCCUGAACUUGCACGGUAUCCUGAACGUUGAGUCGGGAUACUACGUGGAGGAUGUGGAAGUUGAGGAGCCUGUCCCCGAGGAGGGAGAAAAGAAGGAUGGAGAUGCUAUGGAGACCGAUGCUCCUAAUGGUGAGCAGCCCAAGAAGACUCGCAAGGUCAAGAAGCAAGUUCGCAAGGGAGAUCUGCCCAUUUCAGCGGGCACUUCGUCUCUGGACCAGGCUACUAAGGAUGCCUGGUUCGAGAAGGAGAAUGCGAUGUACGUCGAGGACAAGCUCGUUGCUGAGACGGCCGAAAAGAAGAACGAACUCGAGUCCUUCAUCUACGAGCUUCGCGACAAGAUUGAGACUGUCUACGCUGAUUUCGCCAGCGAGGAGGAGAAGGAGAAAUUGAGGAGCAAGCUGGCACAGAGUGAAGACUGGCUGUACGAGGAAGGUGAUGACACGACAAAGGCUGUCUACGUAUCGAAGAUCGACGAGAUCCGCUUCAUUGCAGGUCCGAUUGUCCAACGUCACAAGGACACCCUCGAGGCCGAGCGCCAGGCCGUGCUGAAGGCACAGGAGGAAGCUGCCGCAAAGAAGCGCGCUGAGGCCGAAGCCAAGCGGAAAGAGGAGGAGGCCAAGAAGGCCGAGGAGGCUAAGAAGCAGGCUGACACGGAAAUGAAGGAUGCACCUGCUGAGGGCGAGGCUGCUCCUGCAGAGAAGGCCGAGGGAGAAGAAAAGAAGCAGUGAUUUGAAAGAUAUCUUUUUCCUUUUAGAUAAGUAAUGAGAUGAUGCAUGCAUGACUCUGGCGUGUAUGCUUGAUGACCAUGGGUUCCUCGAUCCGAUUCAAUGCAACCAAGUUAUAUGUGUGUAUGUUACUUUAGAUGGCAGUCUCUUCUCUCGUCCUUUCUGAUUGUUCUUUGGCUUCUAGUAGAAUCAAUCUGAUAAUAAUUAGAAGAAUGGCAAUG